ACGACAGCAUUGAGAAAGCAAAUGUUACCUUCACAUUUGAUUUCUACUUCUUCGUGUUGACUAAUAUUUAUAUUUUAUUUUCUAUUUUAAUUUGUUAAUUUUCGCAAAUUUUUCUCACAAUUUAUUGAUCUUAAUCAUGGGUAAAGGUCAGAGAACCAAAGGAAAUACUCGGCCGGCUAAUUCAUUAAGAUCUGCUGAAUUAUUAUCUUCUACACUUGGAAGUGCACCGAUUAAUACAUUUAUUGGAUUUGAUGCUUUAAAAGAGCCAAAUGAUUCAUCUACAAUUGGCAGUUCCAAUGUUGGAUCUUUACCUGAUCUUGAAGAAGAGGUUGAUUCAGAUUUUAAAUUGACAAUUAAGCAAAUGUAUAAGAAGGAUUCUAUCACCAAGAUCAAGGCCUUACAGAAAUUUGCUGAAUAUUGUAAUGAAAAGGAAUAUAAUUUAGUCAAAUCUGUCCUGUCAAUGUGGCCUAGAGUUUUCAACAAGUUGGCAAUAGAUAACGAUUUCCGAGUUAGAGAGACCACUUUUCAAGCUCAGGAGGCAUUGGUAAAGAAAUUAGGUAAAAAUAUUGCCCCAAUUCUCAAGCAAAUCAUUGCGACCUGGGUGAUUUCGCUUCAUGACACCUACGUCGUUUCUGCGAGCGCAGCUAAAUCCUCUUUCGCUGCAUCAUUUUCGCCAGCCAAACAAUCAGAGGUUCUAACAUUCUGUAAGGAUGAAAUAAUCAACUAUUGUAAAGAUAUCCUUUUAAUUCAAACAAUUGCAACCAUUGAUGAUCCAAGUUGUGUGAACAAUAUUGAUAGAGAAUCAAAAUACCAUCGACUGGUCAGUUGUUGUUUACAAGGGUUGACCCUUCUUAUAGCAUCUUUAAAUCAACCAGAUACAAUCAAAGAUGAAAUUGAAAAAUUAAUCAAUCAUGAUAAUUUUUGGAAAUUGGCAAAAUAUGAAGACCUUAAUGUUAAAGUUAAUUGGUACAGAUUUAAAUCAACGAUUUGUGAAAAAUAUCCAACAAUAAUUAAAACGAAUGAAGCAAAAUUUGUAUCAUCAACUUUACUUCAAAUCGCUGAGAAGGAUCAACUUUUAUCAGGAGCUAUUUGGGAUAAUGUCCUUUGGAUUCUUGUAACUGUUGAAGAAUGGUGGAAACACAUAAAUCUAACCAAAGGUUUUCUUCCGCAUCUUCGUAAAUACAUCAAAGAAGGCGGAUACGGAAACGCUUCCUCGAUAUUCCCCAAUCUCUUACCAAUGCUGAGUAAAUUUCCAUUCGAUCAUUUCGAUAAUACGGCCAAAUUUUGCGACGAUUUCAUCGAAUCUUUUGAACUCUGCAUUAACAAUCCUAAUCAUUCAACUAAAGAAUAUGCUAGUAUAGUUAAAUCCUACUUCGAGUGUGUUCAGUAUUUACUAAUUGAUAGAAAAUUGGAUAAAUCAUUGGAGAAAUUAAACUCAACCGUUCCUGAAAGAAUUAUAAAUUUUGUUGAUCAAAUGUUACACCAAUGGGCUGAUAUCUAUGGUUUAUAUUUCAAUGAAUUAACUAUUUUCAUUACUAAUUCAAAGGAUCCUGAACUAUCGAGUGGAUUAAUUACUUCAAUUGAGGUUAAAAUAUUGGAAAUAAUUGAGGAAGCAAUUGAUGAUGGAAACAAAUUGGACAUGUUGAUUAAAUUGUUAACCUCAAUGUUACGAAUAAGUAAUGAUAAAUCAUCUCGUCGGGUGAAAUUUGAAGAGGAUGAAGAUGAGGAAUCAUCACCAAUGGAAAUGAAUAAAAUCAAAAUCAACGGAAUUAUUUUCAAAGAUUCAUUGUACAAAAUUUGGGAACGAUCAUUGGAAUUGUCAUUGAAACGAGAAAAUCAAACUUCAUGGCUUAAUUGUUUACGACAACUUCAAGAAUUGUGUAUAACCGUUAACCAAGAAUCAACCGGUUGUUUCAUUGCUCACAAAUAUCUUGACCAAUUGAAGGAACUGUUAAAUGGUCAAACAAAAUUCACUUCGGUGUCAACUCGAAACAUUAACUACAAGCAUAUAAUCAGCAUGCUGCUUAAUUGUUGUGACUCACUUCCACGCAAUAAGAGUGAAAUUAUCUUCUAUUUAUCAUCUCAUGAUGAUUCUUAUGUUAGGAGUAAUUUCUAUGAAAUUUUACCCACAAGAAUUGAGAAAGAUUCAUUUCUUCAGGAAUGGUUUACCACUCCAGAAGUAACUCCAUUAUUUGAUUCAAUCAUAAUCAGUAUAUUGGGUGGAUUUAAACACGAUGGUAACAAUCAACCGAUUGUUAAUGAUUCUUACAUUGGUUUUAUCAACUUCUCGUUUCAAAUUGAAAACAUCCACUUUCCAACAAUUAACAUGAUUACAACUCUUCUUGCCGAUGGUCUGAUUAAUUCAUCAAUGGAAAAUCAAUCCCUGUUAAUUGUUGGUAUAAUCAAAAAGCUUUUUGAUCAAUAUCCACAUUCGGAUCAACUUGACUCAUUUUCAACACUAAUUAAUCAAAUUGGUUCAUUAUCCCUUGAUCUAAACAUCUCAGAUGAAUCUUAUUCACUUUACCAAUCAACAUUAUCUUCUGGAUUAAAAGUUAUCUUCAAAUCUAAUGAUUAUAAUGAAUCUCAAUUGUUAGAGUUGAUUGAUAAUAUGGCUCAGAUGAUUAAGAACAAAAUAAUUGAUGAAAAUAUUUCAUGGGAAAUGUCUCAAAGAUUGGAAUCAAUUGUCCAUAUAUUCAUUACAACAAUUGAAAAUGAAAGAAAUCUAGACGGACAAUCAACGCUUACAAUUAACUUUCUGUUGAAAAUUAUUCCAGAUACUGAUUAUUUGAUUGCGAAAGUUUCAGCAAUUGGAAUUAAAGUUUUCUAUCCAUUAUGGAUUAAAAGGGUAAUGAUGAUUCCAACUGGAUUAAAAUUCACCUCGGAUCAAUUUGGAUUUGAUGAGAAAUUUACUUUCACCAUAAUUACAAUUACAAAGACUAAAAUCAAUCCAAUACCAAUUGAAUUAACAAUCAAACAAUUACCAUUCAUCAUUUAUGCCUUAUCAACACUACAGUUGGCUCCAAAAGAUUUAAACUUAAAUAACAAAAAAUUAAUUGUUCAACAAUUAAGCGACUAUGUUAAGCAAACAAUUGACCAAUUGGAUAAAAAUUCGAUGGUCAAAAUAUUCCAAGAUAUAAUUGAUUACAGUAAAUCUAAAGGUGUCAUUGGAUUAAUCAUUGGCCUUGAAUUGCUCUUCAACUCAUCGUCAAAAUUAAUUACAGUUAACCCUUGGAAACUUGAAGAAUUUGAUGUUCCAUCGAUAACAAUAUUUCAAUUGUUGAAUAAUUAUUGCGAUUCAGAUUAUAUAAUUGAUUUAUCACAAGAAACAUUGAAAUAUUUACUUUCUCAGGAAGAACCUGAUAAAUUACACCAAUGUUAUGGUCGAUUGUCCAUUUUGAACACUUGCCUCAACUACUCGACAGUGGAUCUCCCUCGAAAUGAUUUGGUUUGCCAAUUAAUGGAUCAUUUAAUCACAAUUAAGGAAAAAUCCGAAAGUGCUCUUUUACUAGAAUGUUCGUUGGACAAUCAACAGGAAUUAGCAAUACUUUUCACAAUCGAAGUGAUGAAAAUUUACAAAACAAUCAUUACCAAAUUCAAUAAACAUCUAACCUCCGAACAGAAAGAUUUAAUUGUCAUCUCAAUUACCGCUUGGUCAAUAUCAUUAGCCACAAGUGAUCCUAAAUCAUUUACUAAUCCAGUUAAGAUGAUACUUUAUUGUUCAUAUUGUGACCUUUUCCUUUCCGUUCAGGAAAUAAUUGAAUGGCAAGGCGAUGAAUUCAGUUCUGUCCGGGAAUGGACUGAUUUUCAUCUUAUCCGAAUUGCUGAUUCUUUGGUUCCUCUAAUAUUUCACCUUAAUGGACUUGAUUUUUCUGGUUAUCAACUUAAUUUUAUUUCACGUCUUGGAUCAACAAUUGGUUGUCUCUCAGUCUUUGAUAUUGCUCAAUUAGAAAAUGAAUUGCGACAAUUUAAUUAUCAAGAUAAAACUAUUCAAGAUCUCGAUGAGAAAACUGUUCCAUGUCCACUUCCCAAAGAGUACGAAUCACUUUUCUCAAAGCUUAAUCAUCUUUAUAUUAACAAAUAUUCAGCUUUCUAUUUAUGUGCACAUCAAUUUACUCAAAGAUUAAUACCAAUGAUGGUUUCAUCUUGUUCCGUUUUUGAUUCAACUUUUGAUUAUUUAGCUCCACCUAAACCAUUUUUAAUCAAAUUACAAGAAACUGAUCUAAUUGUUGACACUUUACUCUCUGAAUAUUCAUUGGGAACUACAUGUUGUUUAAUCAAACCAGGAACCGAUUCAUUUUGUUACACAAUUGCUUAUCUGCUUAAUUGGUUACAAAUAUUAACGUUUUUCAGUCAAUUAAAUGAUGAAAAUAGAUCAUCAUUAGCUGGAUAUUUAACUGAUUCAGGGUAUAUUUCAAAUCUGUUGAACAAUUUAUUCAAAUUGAUGCCAAUUGCUCCUGAUGAAUACAAAUUUAUCCGAAGAGUUUUAUCCAUAACUCUUGAUCGUAUCAAUGAGACUAAUCAUAUCCAGGCCAUUUCAUGUUUAGUUUACUUUCAUAUUUUACGUAAAAUGCCGGCAUGUGUCCGAAUGUGGUUAAGUAAACUGGACAAACGGACAUCUGACCUUGUCAAUCGAUUCACAAUCUCCACAAUGAGUGAACUAAUACGUACAGAGGAGUUUCUUGCAAUCCAAAAUGCUGAUUCGGAUAAAUUUAAGAACAUCAAAAUUAAAGCUCGUCAUUCAGCUCGUGAAGUUGUAACAAUUUACGAGAUUGAAGAUAUGUCCAUAGAAUUAACAAUUAAAUUAGCCGAUAAUCAUCCAUUAACACCAGUUACAAUUGAUGGCGGAAGACGAGUUGGUGUUAGUGUACCCGAAUGGAGGAAUUGGCUUCUUCAAGUUACCUCGUUCUUAACUCAUCAGAAUGGAACAGUUUUGGAUGGAUUAGUACUUUGGAACAGGAAUAUGAGUAAAAGAUUCGAGGGACUAGAAGAGUGUGUAAUCUGUUACUUCAUCUUACACGGUUCUAAUUGUCAAGUUCCUAAAUUAACUUGUAGAAAUUGUAAAAAGAAAUUCCAUUCAGCUUGUUUGUAUAAAUGGUUUGAGAAAAGCAACCAAUCAUCAUGUCCACUCUGUAGGAAUCCAUUUGAUUUCAAUAAAUCCCAAAGACCUGGUGGUUCAUCUGGUCCAUUCAAUCAGCAUCAUCAUAAUCAUCAUCAACAACAACAACAACAGCAGCAACAAAAUUUACGAGAAUUUCAAGAUUUCAUUUAGAAGUCCCAACAAAACAAUUUGCACAUUAGCUGGAAAAUUAUAUUCUAAUCCCAAAGUAAAAGCAUCUUUGAUUAUAUCUGUUAAUCAACAGAUUAACCUUUUUUUUCACACCCAAUUCAAACUGAAUUAAAUUAUUAAUACAACAAUCAAA